AUGCAGGGUAUACAAAUAACGCUAUUCGAAAAACUGAGGGAAGAAAUUAAGGAACUAAUAAGUUGUAUCGUCUGCUUUGAAGAGAUGGCCGCACCCGUUCAACUAAGUUGUGGGCACAUAUUCUGCCUUGCAUGUAUCAAUAAACUAUAUCCCCAAAAAUGUCCAGUCUGUCGAGGUCUCUUCAGUCGUGAUGAUUUAUCUUAUUGUCACGUUGUGGCAAAUCUGCGUAAGAUAAUGCUGGAAGAUAGUGCAUCUAAUGCAUCUCCAAGAACACCAACAAAUGUUAAAUCUAGAAAGGAGAUCGCGAGAGAGCUUAUGGCACUUGAAGAGUCCGAAAAACCCAAAUUCCCCUAUAGAAUGGAAUCAACUUAUUGUCAUGUUGUGGCAAAUUUGCGUAAGAUAAUGCUGGAAGAUAGUGCAUCUAAAGCAUCUCGAAGAACACCAACAAAGGUUAAAUCUAGAAAGGAGAUCGCGAGAGAGCUUAUGGCACUUGAAGAGUCCGAAAAACCCAAAUUCCCCUAUAGAAUGGUGAGAGUCCUAAUUCUCCUUACAAUUUNUACUAUUCAUGCAUUUGAUCCGGUUCAAUUUGGACACGUGAUUUCGAUGAUGGGCGCACCCGUUCAACUAAGUUGUGGGCACAUAUUCUGCCUUGCAUGUAUCAAUAAACUAUAUCCCCAAAAAUGUCCAGUCUGUCGAGGUCUCUUCAGUCGUGAUGAUUUAUCUUAUUGUCACGUUGUGGCAAAUCUGCGUAAGAUAAUGCUGGAAGAUAGUGCAUCUAAUGCAUCUCCAAGAACACCAACAAAUGUUAAAUCUAGAAAGGAGAUCGCGAGAGAGCUUAUGGCACUUGAAGAGUCCGAAAAACCCAAAUUCCCCUAUAGAAUGAUGAAAGAAUUCAUUCGAACUUUAACUACUCCCAAAGAAAUGUGGAAUGUCAUAGUCAAGGCCCUAGGAGGCGACGCUGAAGAGGAAAAAAAUAAGAAGAUGGUCAUAAAAUAUGUCCCAGUCUGUAAAGAUUACCCAAACUGUGACCGCCGAUCCUGCGUUCAUGCUCUCCCAUGCCCUUUGUGUCCUCGAGGCGAAGCUUGUCUUAGAAGUCGCUGUCUCAAAUUCCACCCAGUGCAAACGCUUAACUAUUUCUUCCUUUUAAAUGAAGAUGAAUUUUAA